AUGAAAUCUCCGCCGACCUCAACGUCUCCACGUGAGUAUCAGCUUGCGCUCGUCAACCCCCAGAUUGAUGCCGGCUGCGACAAUCUCGGUGAGGGCGAGCCGCUCUGCCUGGGUAUCACGGGCCAAGACUGCACGAUGACCUAUGUCAUCCAGACCGGCGACAAUUGCGACCUGAUUACGACCAACGAGAAUGUCGCCCGCAGCACCCUGCUGGCCAACAACCCGAACGUCAACAGCGAUUGCAGCAACAUCUAUCCCGGAGAGGUCUUGUGCACUGCUAACACUGUUGUUCCCUACACGUCUUGA